AUGGCUGCUCUCUCCAUCACUGUCAUCUGCAAACAUCUCAUUCCACUGAGGCUCCUGUCUACAUCCUCUGUCAUCAUGUCCAUCAUCAAAGCAAGAAGGGGUUCAGAGCCGAUCCUCGAUGCAUCUCGCAUCAUUGCUGUCUCACACAUCACAGUUGUCUCACAUCACUGCUGUCUUACAUCACUGCAGUCUCGCAUCACUGCUGUCUCACACAUCACAGUUGUCUCACAUCACUGCUGUCUCACAUCACUGCUGUCUCACACAUCACAGUUGUCUCACAUCACUGCUGUCUUACAUCACUGCUGUCUCAUACUUCACUGCAGUCUCGCAUCACUGCUGUCUCAAACAUCACAGCUGUCUCACAUCACUGCUGUCUCACACAUCACAGCUGUCUCACAUCACUGCUGUCUCACAUCACUGCUGUCUCACAUAUCACUGCUGUCUUACAUCACUGCUGUCUCACACAUCACAGCUGUCUCACAUCACUGCUGUCUCACAUCACUGCUGUCUUACAUCACUGCUGUCUCACACAUCACAGCUGUCUUACAUCACUGCUGUCUCACAUCACUGCUGUCUUACAUCACUGCUGUCUUACAUCACUGCUGUCUCACACAUCACAGCUGUCUCACAUCACUGCUGUCUCACAUAUCACUGCUGUCUCACAUCACUGCUGUCUCACAUCACUGCUGUCUUACAUCACUGCUGUCUCACACAUCACAGCUGUCUCACAUCACUGCUGUCUUACAUCACUGCUGUCUCACACAUCACAGCUGUCUCACAUCACUGCUGUCUCACAUAUCACUGCUGUCUCACAUCACUGCUGUCUUACAUCACUGCUGUCUCACUUCACUGCUGUCUCACACAUCACAGCUGUCUCACAUCACUGCUGUCUCACACAUCACAGCUGUCUCACAUCACUGCUGUCUCACAUAUCACUGCUGUCUCACAUCACUGCUGUCUCACAUCACUGCUGUCUUACAUCACUGCUGUCUCACUUCACUGCUGUCUCACACUUCACUGCAGUCUCGCAUCAGUGCUGUCUUACAUCACUGCUGUCUCACUUCACUGCUGUCUCACAUCACUGAUGUCUCACAUAUCACUGUUGUCUCACAUCACUCCUGUCUCACACCUCACUGCUGUCUCACAUAUCACUUCUGUCUCACCUCACUCCUGUCUCACACCUCACUGCUGUCUCACACAUCACUGCUGUCUCACAUAUCACUGCUGUCUCACAUCAUUGCUGUCUCACACAUCACUGCUGUCUCACAUCACUGCUGUCUCAUACCUCAUUGCUGUCUCAUCACUGCUGUCUUAUACCUCACUGCUGUCUCACCUCACUGCUGUCUCACACCAAUUCUGUCUCACACAUCACUGCUGUCUCAUACAUCAGAUGUCUCACAUAUCACUACUGUCUCACAUCACUGCUGUCUUACAACUCACUGCUGUCUCACCUCACUGCUGUCUCACACAUCACUGCUGUCUCACACAUCACCGCUGUCUCAUACAUCACUGCUGUCUCACACAUCACUGCUGUCUCACAUAUAAUUGCUGUUUCACACAUCACUGCUGCCUCACACAUCAUUAAUGUCUCACAUCACUGCUGUCUCACACCUCACUGCUGUCCCACCCAUCAUUGCUGUCUCACAUAUCACUGCUGUCUCACACAUCAUUGCUGUCUCACAUCACUGCUGUCUCAUACUUCACUGCUGUCUCACAUCACUGCUUUCUCACACAUCACUCUGUCUCACACCUCACUGCUUUCUCACACCUCAUUGCUGUCUCACAUCACUGCUGUCUCACAUAUCACUGCUGUCUCACACAUCAUUGCUGUCUCAUACUUCACUGCUGUCUCACAUCACUGCUUUCUCACACAUCACUCUGUCUCACACCUCACUGCUUUCUCACACAUCACUGCUGUGUCACAUAUCACUGCUGUCUCACACCUCACUGCUGCCUCACAGCUCUAAUAAACUAGUUAACUAAUUUUUUAUGCAAAUCUAAGUUAGCAUAAAGUGGGUGGAGUAUGCCAAAAUAAAAGUGGACUGGAGAGAUCCCCUAUAUAACAUCUCAGAGUUGCUUUGAUGGUCAGAUUUGAAUUUAAUUAUAAAUCUUUAUUUCUGACUUUACUAUAAAGUUACUAAAGUUAGGUUAAAGUCCUCCACCUCAUUUAUAUAUUCAUGAGAGGAUAACUCAGGCUUCAUGCUGAGAUAUAAAAUAGCAACAUGUAGCUGUGAAAUCAUGUUUAAUGCAUUACUUUACAGUUGACACCAGGGACCGCUGAAUGUUUCCAGUUAAGUAGGACAGAAGGUGCCUUGCCAAGAUGCCCAAUUUAUAUCACAAGCCAUUGUUUUGCCAAAGUGGUUUGGCAUCAUGACAUUUUGAGUGUCAUGACACAACACGGCUUUUCCUCAAGUCAUUAGCACUUUUUGGGAAAUGGGUUUCCUAAAAUGAUUAUCUGUUUUUUCAGUCUUAUAAUGGAAAAAACACAAUCCUGCAGCUAAAGGAGGAGCAUGGGAUUUCAUACCAGCGCUGUUUUCCUGCCUGUCAGCUGAUCGACUGGCUCCUUCAAAAUGGAGAGGUUGAAAGCCGGAGUCAGGGAGUGGAGCUGUGCAGCACAUUGCAGGAGCAUGGCAUCAUUCAACACGAUAUGACAGUUUGUGUGCAAGGUGAACGGACGGUGUGUCCUUACCUGGACGACAGUAACCAGACUGGUGAUGGCAGGACCUCGUGUUGUUGUACUGGAAGUUAUGGAACAACUGGAAUUCAAACAACUGAAUCAAAGGAACUGAAAAAUUGUUGUCAACAUCAUAAGUUGCAACAACUGGGAAUCAUUUAUCUAAAAUUGUAUCCAGGAG